AUGUCACAGCCAAGGCCCCUAUCUCCCGUACAGCCUCCGCCAAGACCAAAACAAUUAAUAAACACCCUUGCUCUCCUCUCCUCUCCACCCGCUGCUGCUAGCACGACGAUCAUCGUCGUCCGCCGCGUACUUGCAGUGGCCCGCCCCAUGGUUGUCCGGUCCGACAAAGGGGGCGCACCUGACGGACACGAUCUGUUGGACUUCCGCCAAGACGAUAAUGCGGACGAGAGGGAUGCAUGGGGCAUCUUGGCGGUUUAG